CCAGCACACGCGCAAGACGGACCACCAAGUCAGCGUCUCGCCCUGUUCAUCGUUCAAGGCUGAAGCAAGCCAGGACAAUGCCAGGUGUAAUCGACGAUGGUGCCCUAUGUGAGGCUAUUGUAAAUGGCACAUUCCCACAGUCCGAACCUCUCCUGACUUCCGAGCUGUCUCCCGAAAUCCUCCCUUCACUGCUCGACCAAAUUGCAAAGACACAACGUGAAAUCAGCGAAGAGAUCAAGGCGGCAAACCAGGAUGACAACGGGGAUGUUGAAACUUGGAUCACACAAGCCAAAAAGGUUCAGGAGGAUAUCGUGCGAUGCAAGGAGGAAUCGAAACGCAUCGUCGAGGACCAUCAGCAUGUUCAGGCGUUACGAGAAGAGGCGACAGAUUUCCAGCGCAAAGUUGAGCUUUUGGAGACGGAGAUUGAGUUUACAGGCGAUGUGAUGAAAGAGCUCGACCUCGCAAGCAAGGCCACCCGGGCACUUCGAGAUGUGGAAGAGUGUUUACAAGACGGCGGCGAUCCCUGCGAAGCCGCGGCGAAGAUUCAAGAGCUGGACAAGAAGACCGCCCACAUACUGAGAUCUCGAAUAUCCACAAUCAUCAGGGAUCUCAAGGACGAGUUUCGGUUGAAGGCCAGAGUACAGCUGGAAACAAAGUUGAACGCCCAGAUUUCAGUGCAUCGAGAGCAACACCAGGCCAGCAUCGAAGUUUCGCCCACCGAAGGCGACAGCUCGGCCACGAAUUCCGACGUCCUGAUUCGAGCUCUGAAUCUGCUCGGCGAUUCCACGGAUUCAUUAGAGCCAUUGACCGACAAACUCAAGGCGCUUGUGCUACAACCUCUGAGACAAGCUUCUCGGCUGAAAAUGGUCGCUUUCAAGCUGGGUGGAAACACCCUAAGCCUCGAGUUGGGCCGAACAAGCCCAUCACUUGAAUUAGUCCUAGACUUUGUUCGAACGUUCAUCGACUUUAUGCGGACUCGCUUUGCCAGCACAAUCCAAUCUGCGGCAGCCAAAGCUAUACUAGGCGAUUUGAUGACUCUGCUCGUGAACGACUGGCUGAAUCCCGGCCUACCGACAGACCUCACAAUGCUUCACGAACUGGACGAACUUCAAAACAAGGCCACAAACAUAUACAAAGAGCUGCAGUCAAUGCAGUGGGAGGGCCAAAAGCAGCUGCAGGACUGGGUGGACGACCUUCCUCGGGCGUGGCUUAACAAGCGCAAAGCAGCAACCCUGGACGCCGUUCGGAAAGCUUUUGCCAACUCAAAGGGGACUCUACGACAAGUCGAAAGAGUCGAACGACGUGUUCUCUCUGCUACAACAGGUGAGAACGGCGAUAAUGCUGACAACGCCAAUGAUUGGGAUGCUGGUUGGGACGAUGACAAAGACAAAGCAGAGAGCAAUGAAACCCGCCAAGCAGAAGAAGAGGAAGAUGCCAGCGGGUGGGGAUUUGAUGAUGACGACGAUGCCGGCAAUCAAGCCGAAGUCAAGGGCGAAGACAACAAGAACGGCACUGCGUCGGACCAAGAUGCAGAAGAUGAUGCGGGUGAUGCCUGGGGUUGGGACGACGAUGGGGCAGCUGAUACAAAAUCAGAGUCAGCAGCCAAAAGCGACAAGGGCAACAACAGCAAACGAGUAAACGGUGCACAAGAGAACAAACAAAGCCAAGAGCAAGAAGUCACCCUGACCGAGUUGUACAGCAUCACAGACAUCCCCGACCACCUGGUGGAGAUCAUAGGCAGAGACAUUUCUGACGCUCAAGCCAUCCAGGACAAUCCACACGACGCGCUCAACUCUUCCUCGGCGACACGAGGGCUCCUUGCUCUUCCCACGUUGGCCCUAGCCAUGUUCCGCGCUACCGCGCCGACCUACUACGGCGGAGGCGGCGGCGGCGGCGGCGGCGCAUCAGCCUCGCUCACCGACAUCCACCGGUACAACGACUCGUUGUACAUCGCCGAGCGACUGCGCGAGAUGUCGAUGAGCGUCCCCCCUGCAGGCGGCAUGCCCCUGCCCAAGGUCGCGUCGGACGUGUCGUCGAUGGAAAAGUUUGCCCGCCUCGCGUACUCCAAGGAGAUGGAGACGCAACGACUGAUUGUCUGGGACCUCCUCGAGGGCGCCCAGGGGUUCACGUCGUGCACGCAGUUCCCGUACUCGCAGGAGAUCGAAAACGCCGUGUCGGCGGUGGUGGACCGCAUCCGCGCCCUCCACAUGACGUGGCGGCCGGUCUUGUCGACUUCGGCGCUCAUGCAGAGCGUCGGGUCGCUCGUGGCCAUGGUCAUCAACAAGAUGGUCGACUCGAUCGAGGAGAUGGAGGACAUAUCCGAGCCCGAAUCCCGCCGCCUGACCGCGUUUUGUCAGCAGGUCGCGUCCCUUGGAGAUUUGUUCUUCAGUGCACCCCCGACGUCGCCGCCGAACGCCGCGGAAGCCUCGGACCCGGACGGUCAGGGUCCGGUGCCCAUGACGGCGGUCUACGUCUCCAGCUGGCUCAAGUUUCAAUACCUGAUCAACAUCCUGGAGAGCUCACUGGUCGACAUCAAGUACCUCUGGACCGAGGGCGAAUUGAGUCUGGAGUUCUCGGCCGACGAGGUCGUCGACCUGGUAAGGGCCCUGUUCGCCGAGAGUGCCCACCGACGCAGCGCGAUCGCCGCCAUCAAAGGGAGUAGAGGAUCGAGAUGAGGAAACACGACAGACUAGAGACGGCAUUCACAAGGUACAAUAUGUCAUAGAGUAUAUUCAAUGGUCAAUAUUUUUUGAA